UAUCUAUGAAAGCAUGGGUAUUUUCCCUGUUUAAUAUUGCAAUUUCCUACCAUAAGACUACCGAACUUAGUUGAAUAUUGUGUCUGUUCAUUACAUGAAUGUUCUUUUAUAUAUAAUAUACAUAUGGUAAACAUUGUAUUUCAGGAUGGGCCACUAUCUAACCUAACGUAUGUUAGCUUGAAAAACAUUGUCAUGUCAGCAGGAGUGUUUACACGGUUCCUUAGUAUGGUGAUACAAACGCCACAUUAUGUAAUCUGUACGUUAGAUAGCUGUAAAAUAGAGUCAGAGGAGGACGUGAGGCAGAUGGCGGUAGAGAUGGAAAACCAGUCCGGCCUACAGAUGGUGGCUCCACUGCCCGCAUCACCUGACUAUAGAACACACAUUACAUUAAAAUCGACGACCUUGUCAGCAGGAAUGUUUAGACGGUUCGUUAGUAUGGUGAUACAAGUGCGAUAUUCUGUGAACUGUAUGUUAAAAAACUGUAUAAUAGAGUCAGAGGAGGACAUGACGCAGAUGGCGGUGGAGAUGGAAAACCAGCCCGGCCUACAGAUGGUGGGUCCUCUGCCCGCAUCACCUGACUAUAAAACAGACAUUGCAGUAAUCACCAUGCCAAUGUCGGCAGGAAUGUUUAGACGUUUUGCUAGUAUGGUGAUACAAGCGCGACAUUACGUGAAAUGUAGGGUAGAUAACUGUACAAUAGAGUCAGAGGAUGACGUGAGGCAGAUGGAGGUGGAGAUGGAAAACCAGUCCGGCCUACAGAUGGUGGGUCCACUGCCCGCAUCACCUGACUAUAAAAUAGACAUUGCAUUAACGCGGAUGACAAUGUCGGCAGGAGUGUUUAGACGUCUCGCUAGUAUGGUGAUACAAGCGCGACAUUCUGUGAACUGUACGUUAGAUUACUGUAAAAUAGAGUCAGAGAUGGACGUAAGGCAGAUGGCGGUGGAGAUGGAGAACCAGCCCGGCCUACAGAUGGUGGCUCCACUGCCCACUGACUAUAGCACAAACAUUACAUUAAAAUUGACGACCUUGUCAGCAGAAAUGUUUAGACGCUUUGUUAAUAUGGUGAUAAAAGCGCGACAUUCUGUGAUCUGUACGUUAGAUUACUGUACAAUAAAGGAGGACAUAAGGCAGGUAAAGGCGGAGAUGGAGAAUCAGCCCCUUCUCAAAGUUAGGGAGUUCAAUGAGAAAACCGCUGGGGGAUUUCGGGAAAUAUGGGUCAUUUGUUUCACCGUGAACAUAUAAAGGUUCCGACACAUUACCUUUUCGAAGAAGGUGGCUCCAUUACAGAAUUCACAUGCUCUGAGUGGAAUGAGUGGGAUGAGGUUUAAACAAUGGUAUUUUUCACAAGUGAUGAUUUAUAGUAAUCA